UCAUCAUCUCACAUUCCCCCACACGCCCACACGACACUACUGCUGAAAUAACGUGACAAAUCAUGGGCCCGAAGAAGCCACAAGAAGGACAGUCUACCGCCGACGCCCCGCCAGCCGGUGUGGUCGGCGGCGCAGCACUCGUUGGGGCAACGGCUGGUCUGUUGUUGUCGGGGCCUCUCGUCGCUAUCGGGCUUGGCGCUGGAGCCGCAGCGUGCUGCCUAAGGAAAGACCAGGCUGGGGAUGUGGCCAGGUCAACUGGCCAGGCCGGGUUAGCUGUGGUCGAGAAAGGAAAGGAGAUCAACACGCAAUACGGCGUCGCCGACAAGGUGAAGGGUGCCGCUCACAGCACGUUCGAGAGAGCGAAGGAGGUAAACGAAGAGCACAAAGUUGUGGACAAGGCAAAGACAGGGGUAUCGCGAGCAUGGGCAAGAAUCAGGGAGGUUGACAGAGAACACCGCCUUGCCUCCAGGGCAGGCGAGGCUUUCGGGGGAGCGAUGGACCGUGUCACCAAUGCCGUCUCGAAGAAGGAUGAUGGACAAGAUGGGUGCGGGACCACGAAGAAGUAGGAAGGGCUGUGCCCCUCUCACCGCACAUGGCUUUCGCAUGUCCGGGGACAAUGAAUUUGAACGUGUGCGACGUGUGAGGAAGAGAUCGUGGAAGAGAAAGAGGUGAUUGUGUUGACGUCUGGAGCUCUUCUCGGUGGCGACCCGGUGACGUAGAGAGGUUUAACCUCACCUCGUUCUUUGACGAAGAGUGGGUCUUUCCUGGAGUACCGUUGCGGUUGAAAGCUAAGGUCGCGAAAGUCGCAUGUGCGACAUCAUAUGUUUGUGGCUUGCGUUUUUUGUGUCUUGGUUUGGUUCAAGUAGAUAUAGUCAUUGCAGCAAAGUAAGCAUCGCCUCGUAACCGUAUGGACCCUGAUGUGUAAAUAUGGGUCUGGUAGAGAGUAACGAAGGAGUUCAGCGAAUGCCGGGACGCCUACUUAUUGGUGAGGGUAGCGGUAGCGACCUAUCACCCACUCGAGCAUCGCAUCCGGAAACAUUUUGUGUCCAUGCGGUGUUGUGAUUGUGCUGUUGUUGGGUCACAUAGAAAGCAGACUUGUAAACGUGUGUUGUUUCGACUGCAAGUAAGUACCGAAACACCGCCCAACCGCUGAAGAAGAUUGAAAUGGGAGCUGCCGCUCUGGCACAGCUGACGCCCCGUGUGUGAUACCUGGCCGCCUGUUUUUGAACUGGCUGCGCGUCUCGAUGUUGUCUCCGGCCGCAAAAAAACGGCCGGGGACUGCAUGCAUGCAUACGCGUGCUGCCUGUAAGAUGGAAACACAAAAGUUGGAGUGUUCCAGUUUUCGCAUUUUGAUGGGCAUCCCUUACUUGCAGUAGCCAAUUGGGGUUGGUGGCCUGGGGCCGGCGUACGCAUGUUUUGCAUGCCUUAGCGUGAUCAGUGGGUCGGCUGCGGGGGGAGGUUCUGUGUAGAGCGUUUUGCGCAAGAUGUACACAGGCCUAAUAGGCCACGAGAUGCCGCUCGUACGACGUAUUACUGGUUUUGCAAUAUCAAGUGCAAGGUCCGCAUGGACCACGAAAGCGCUCCGUUGUUGUACAAGCAACCAAUACAGAAAUGUCGAAAAUGGGCCAAUAAAAAAACUGCGGGCACGUUUAUAUCUCUCGGUAGUUUUUCACUUGCUGUGCCGUUGCAUAUAAGCCCCCCCCCUUCCACCAGUACGAGCCCAUCACC